AUGAUUUAUGUGAACGCUAAGAAAUUGAUCGAUAAAAGGACAGGGAGUUAUCCUGAAAACCACGAGGGAACUGAAAAAGAUUUUACGCAUAGAGCUAUUGCCGACGUAGACAUCAAUUUAAAUAUAACAUUUGGCACUGAACCUUCGACCAAAACCCGAUCUUCUUUUGCGUCUUUAAUAUAUAGUAUCUACUAUAUAAUAAUUUUUUUUAAUUCUCUUACAGGUGUUGCGGUUAAAGAACCAUCUUUGUUUAUCAAGCCAACUCAACCCAGACAAACGAAACCCAUCGGUUCUUCUUUGAUCUUAAACUGCCAACCCAAUGUAGAUCAUCCAGAACUCAUCAGCAACUUAAAAUGGUUGGAUCCCCUGAACCGAACAAUAGAACAGACUUCUACCGCUGGUGCACAUGUCACUACAACAUUAACAUCCGACAACAAUUUAGGACUUAUAAUUACAGGCCUUACUGAAUCUGAUGUUGGAACUUACACAUGUACUGCCACCUAUUCUAACUCAGAAUAUUUAAGUCAUAGUGUAGUCGUCGACAGUUUCGAUGACAUAACAUUUUUGAAUGCUCCCACUGAACAGUAUCCAAUUGCUGGUGCCAGUUAUAAAAUACAGUGCAAAGUAAAAGCUAACCCGGCACCUUUGGUCGACUGGUAUAGAGAAGAUACUAGAAUUCAGGAUAGCAAUCGAUUUGUCAAAGAAACCGAUGGUUUAGUCAUACAAAAUGUAACAGCUGAAGAUGAUGGAAUUUAUAAGUGUAGAGCAAUUGUUUUAGACACUGGAAAUAUUCAAGAUAAGAAUAUUAGAGUAGAGGUACACAUUCCACCAACAUUUGUGCCCAACCAAGUUUCCCAACUUGAAUUAGUAGAAGGUGAAAUGGCUAGUGUCCAAUGUACAGCUAAUGGAAAACCAGAACCAAAAAUUACUUGGAUACAUGUGCCUGAGCAGCGAGAUUUGAGUGAAGGAUCUGAACGAUUUUCAGUGAAUAAACUGACUGGUGUGUUAAAUUUAAACAAAGUAAGCCGAAACGAUAAUGGCAAGUUUAAAUGUGUGGCAACAAAUGCAGCUGGAACUAUAGAAAGAUUAGUAAAUGUGGUGGUACUAAUUAAACCUGAAGUAUUGGACGUCACUAACGUUUCAGUUCCUCUCAACAGAGAAGCAAGAGUACAAUGUAUGGCAAAUGGAAACCCUCUACCAUCAAUUGUUUUCAGGAGAGUGGGCACAGAUGUUGUAAUAAAAACAGGAAUCGAAGAUUAUCGCAUUAGCGUUGAACAUAAUACUGUUAGAGACGUGGCGACAGCCACUCUGGUAAUCAAACACCUGAACCGCACAGACGAUGGACUCUACACUUGUAUUGCAUCCAAUAAGGGUGGUACCUCAAUGAAAAACGGGCAUCUUACCGUCGAAUUCCCUCCGGUUUAUGCUAGCAAUAUGGUCAGAGAAGUAUGGACUUGGAAUAGUAAACCUGUGAAUUUAACAUGCAUAUCUGAAUCGCUUCCUAAUGCCUCGAUCACGUGGCUUUUAAAUAAUCGCAUUGUCGAAGGAGAUUUAAAUGUUAGGAAGUUCGGAAAUGGGCCUUACAGCGAUCUACAAGUAACUCCAGUUGAUCAGAGAUAUUACGGAGUGUACAGUUGUUUAACAAAAAACAUACACGGUGAAAAUAAUGCUCUAAUAACGUUGCGAGAGGCUCAUAGACCCGGAAGAGUGUCUCAAGCCAAAUUCGAAGUAGUUACUGCUACCACAAUUUCAUUUGGUUUCAUCGGACCGACAGAUACAGGUGGUCUAAAAAUCAAAGCAUAUGCCGUCCAAUACAAGGAAGUAUUACAGAAUUGGGAUGAAGGACGUAAUAAGUCUUGGCCAGUCGAUACGCCUUAUAUAUUGGAAGGCUUAUCAGCCCAGAGAACUUAUCAAUUUAGAUUUGCCGCAAUUAACGACGUGGGCACUAGUGAUUGGGGAACUGUAGAACAGCGCACAAUGCCAAAGCGUUCAGCUCCCGAGGAACCAAAAAUUCUCUACAGCAAAGAUUUGUACACCGAUGACUAUAUCAAUUCGCCUUACGGCAAUAGUUACGAAGUGAACUGGAAAAUACCAGCCGACAACGGCGAAUUUAUCGAUUAUUACAGCGUGACAUAUUGUGUGAUUGAAAAAAUCAACACCGUUUGGACGCAAAAGAAAGAAUCUUGUAGGACCGAAGAUAUCAGAUCUCAAGACAGGACGUCAUUUUUGAUGGACAGUCUGAACGCAGAUACGUUUUACAAAGUGGAGAUCCGAGCUCACAACGAAAUUGGAUAUAGUGUCCCCUCUGAGCUCGUCUUCAAAACUGCGAUGGGUGCUGAUAUACCACUGCAACCCACCUACAGCAAUCGACUCAAUUCAUCUGUGAUCAUAAGUAUAGUCUUAGCUGUGCUGUUUACAAUAUUGGUCAUUAUAGACGUUUCUUGUUACUUUAUCAAUAAUACAGGUAUUUUGUUCAUUUUAUUCAGUAUGUGCUGUCGGAAAAAGAAAAGGGAUGAAGACACUAAACUCGGAAGUUUGUACGGUUGGCGUUUUCCUUUGCCGUAUUGCAACAACAGCUAUGGCGAAUCAUCUAGUAAUGGAAACAGUUCUUGUUACACUUCCGACGUAGAGAAAGUCCCUUUGCCAGAUAUGAACUUUGUGUUUGAAGGAAAAGAGUUAUUAACUAAUGGCAAUACCUAUCAAAGUAACAAUUUGUGUAUUGAACCAACUGAGACGUUAAAAAAGGACACAGAAGUAGAGUAUGAUAUGAGGCGUUCAGUGUCACAAACUCGUUUUGUCGGUAAAGAUUCUGCUGUCUAAAAUUGAUCAAAGUUUGAUAAAAUAUAAAGUUUAUGACUGACAAUUAGAUUAAAAAAUUCUUAAAAAAUAAUAUAACAAAGGACUGUUUUACUAGCAUUUAUUUUAUUAUUGUAGUGUUUUAUACUACUGUUGCUUUUUCAUCAUUAUAUUUACGGUUAAAUUUUAUUUUAAGUAUUUGUAUUAUUUUAUUUUUAUACAAUACACGACAAAAUACUCAUUAAAGUAUUUUAACAAACUUAUCGUAACUAAAAUAUUACCUUAAUUUUUUACAUGAUUUUGAUCUGAUAUCGUAGCCAAUUUGUAUUUCAAGCAUACAAUAUCAAUAUUGUAUUAAUAUUAAUGAAAAAACCAAUCAUUACUUACAUUUUAUGCUCUCUAAAUUUCCUUUUAAAAUCGAAUAAAAAUUAUUUUCAUUUUAUGUCAACCUAAUACUUGUUUGCUAUUUUAACCAAUUUUGUUAUGUAGUCAUUAUGAUAUAAUUAUGAAUAUAAUUUGUACUUAUUAGUUUUAGAGAUAUUUAAUAUAAAAGGACAUAUUUACAUGUUCAAUUUACUGAGGAAUUAAUCGUAUUAUUAUUAUUAUUAUUAUUUUGCUUGUUCCUAUAAGUAUGUAAAAGUUACUUACCAACUUGAUGGAUUAUUUUUCAUUACAAUUUAGAUUUUAUAAAAUUGAUAAGUUAAAAGCCUUAUGUGUUAUUAAUUUUUGUAAUUUAAUGUAUCUUAUACGUGUGUAGUUAUUCUAAUAAAAAAGUUAAAACAUAUUUUUAAAGACAAAUAUAUUUUUUAUAUUUGUAAUAUCUGUUUGAUGUAAAGGACAUAAGUAUAUUGCAAAAAAAGUUUUUGACUAUUAAUAUUUAUUAUGAUUUAUACAUAUAUUUAAGUAUGUGUAUGCACUUAGGAGCUUUCUUCUUUCAUUCUAUAAAACUUGUUAAUUUUGUAAUUUUACUAUUUUAUUUGAAUAUAAAAGUUACUUUUCUUAAAUUGAACAACUAAUGCUUUCAAUAUCUGUGUGAAAUGCUUAUACAGACAUAAUAAAUAAAAGAUCUCGUAUUAAAAAAAAUUGACUCUUAUGAAAUAUUCAAUGUUUAUAUUUUUAUUAAAUAAUUAUCAAUAUUUUCAGACAUCUAUUUAUAUAAUCAAGAGUUAAAUAUAUUAUAACAUUUUGAAUGAUUAAUAAAUUACUUGUGGUACUGUACACUUGUAUGUAUACAAAUAAAACUAUUAAAUAUUAUAAUUUGUUUAAUGCCAAAAAAUUUGUAUAAUCAAAUGGGUAACUAUGUUACAAAUAUUGUACACUAAGUAAUUUUUGUUUUAGUAAAUUAUAGUCUUAUGAAAUAUAAAGUUAAAUUACAUGUAUCCUUUGAAAAUUUAUGUAUAUCUAGUUUUAAAUGCUAUUGUGAAUACAAAUUUGUAUGUAAAAUACUGUGGUAAAUUUUUGAAAAUUAUUUCAUCUCCAAUUUUUUAUGGUAAUCCAAUAUUAUAAUUAUAAUAAGAACUAUUAAUAGUGUAUAUAAUUUAUUUUGUAAUUUUCAACCAUAGUUAAUAAAAGUGGGUUCAUACAGAGUAAGACCUAAUUGAUUUCCAAAUACUAUUUAGCAAAAAAUCACAUGUCAAAUAUACAUAAAAUAUAAAUGUAUUGAAAAUAAAUAUAAUUUUUUUAUAUCA